UGGCAGAAAAGUCUUGUUUUAACUUGUAAACUGAGCGAGUUAGAUCAGAAAGGCACUGACGGGGAGGACGAGCAGAGGGCCCUCUCGGUUCAGAGCUGCUUUACGUCCGAGGCUUUGAGGAGUUACUCUUUUCCGUUUCGCUUUGGUGUGGUCUCGCCCAGCGGGCAGCGAACUUUGGCCUUCUGGGCCAGAUCUCGCCUACGCCUGUUUUGUUUGGCCAGCAAAGCUAAGAAUUAAGAAUGGCUUUCAUGUUCUUAAGGAACUGGAGGGGAAGGUUAAAAGAAGAAGAGUAUUUCACGGCACGUGAUCCCUUCGUCCGGACCUACAGUUAUCUCAGACGUCGCUGCAUUCGUUUGUCUCCACGUGGUCUGUCCUGCUCUCUGCUGCAGGGGCAGAGUCGAAUGGCUGCGACAGGACACAUGGCCCGCAAAGCCUAACCCGUCAACUGUCUGGUUCUUCACAGGAGAAAUUUGCCAGCCCUGCGCUAGGCACGUAACCUGAACCUUGCCUACAUUGCAGAGCAUUUUCAAGGUGUCGUAAUGCCUCACUGGUUUAAAGACGAUGCAGAAAGGCAAACAUGCUGUAUCGGUUCCUUUGAGUCAGCAGGGGAUUUGGGACAAGUGUGCUGCCCGACCCCUAAGGAAGUGCCUGGAAGAGUGAGCUGGGACGAGAGCAGCUCCAUCAGCAGUGGGCUCAGCGAUGCCUCAGACAACCUCAGCUCGGAGGAGUUCAACGCCAGCUCCUCGCUCAACUCCCUCCCGAGCACGCCCACCGCGUCCCGCAGGAACUCCGCCGUGGUGCUGCGCACAGACUCGGAGAAGCGCUCACUGGCGGAGAGCGGGCUGAGCUGGUUCAGCGAGUCGGAGGAGAAGGCCCCCCGGAGGCUGGACUAUGACAGCGGCAGCCUGAAGAUGGAGCCCGGCGCCUCCAAGUGGCGGCGGGAGCGUCCGGAGAGCUGCGACGACGCGUCCAAGGUUGGGGAGCUGAGGAAGCCCGGCGCCCUGGGACACCCUGGCUCCCUGAAGAAGGGCAAGGCCCCGCCAGUGGCCGUCACCUCCCCCAUCACUCACACGGCCCAGAGCGCCCUCAAGGUGGCAGGCAGACCUGAGGGCAAGGCCGCGGACAAGGGCAAGCUCGCGGUAAAGAGCGCGGGCCUGCAGCGCUCCUCCUCCGACGCCGGCCGCGACCGCCUGGGCGAUGCCAAGAAGCCCCCCUCGGGCAUCGCUCGUCCCUCCACUGCGGGAUCCUUCGGCUACAAGAAGCCCCCUCCUGCCACAGGCACGGCCACCGUUGUGCAGACCGGCGGCUCCGCCACGCUCGGCAAGAUCCAGAAGUCCUCAGGCAUCCCCGUCAAGCCGGCAAACGGACGCAAGACCAGCCUGGACGUGUCCAAUGGUGCAGAGCCCGGCUUCCUGGCCCCCGGAGCCCGGUCCAACAUCCAGUACCGCAGCCUGCCCCGGCCGGCCAAGUCCAGCUCCAUGAGCGUGACGGGCGGGCGGGGCGGACCCCGGCCCGUGAGCAGCAGCAUCGACCCCAGUCUCCUCAGUGCCAAGCAGGCUGGCCUGACCCCCUCCAGGCUGAAGGAGCCCUCAAAGGUGGCCAGCGGCCGGACCACCCCGGCCCCCGUCAACCAGACAGACCGAGAGAAGGAGAAGGCCAAAGCCAAGGCCGUGGCCCUGGACGUGGACAGUGUCUCCGUGAAGAGCGUGGGCUCCCCAGAGAGCACGCCCAAGAACCUAGCCAGCCACUCCCCAGCCCCCAAGUUGGCAGAGCUGCCGCCAACGCCUCUCAGGGCCACAGCCAAGAGCUUUGUCAAGCCGCCGUCACUGGCCAGUCUGGACAAGGUCAAUUCUAACAGUCUGGACCUUCCGUCAUCCAGUGACACCCACGCUUCAAAGGUGCCGGAUCUACAGGCUCCGGGCCCAGCUGCUGGAGGCACCCCCACUUCGUGCUUUAGCCCUAGUCCGGCCCCGAUUCUCAACAUCAACUCGGCCAGCUUCUCCCAGGGCUUGGAGCUCAUGAGUGGUUUCAGCGUCCCCAGGGAGACGCGCAUGUACCCCAAGCUCUCAGGCCUGCACAGGAGCAUGGAGUCCCUGCAGCUGCCAAUGAGCCUGCCUGGCGCCACCCCCAGCAGCGCCCCCAGCCCCACCCCCCCCGCCGCCCCCGCCGAGGAGGACGUGGAAGAGAUGAGCUGGAGCGGAAGCCCCAGGACCGGACAGCUGGACAGUAAUCAGCGAGAUCGGAACACUCUUCCCAAGAAAGGACUCAGGUACCAGCUCCAGUCCCAGGAGGAGGCCAAGGAGAGGCGCCACUCCCACACCAUCGGGGGGCUGCCCGAGUCCGACGACCGGUCCGAGCUGCCGUCCCCCUCUGCACUCUCCACGUCCCUGAGCGCCAAGGGCCAGCUCACCAACAUAGUGAGCCCCACUGCGGCCACCGCGCCAAGAAUCACCCGCUCCAACAGCAUCCCCACCCACGAGGCCGCCUUCGAGCUGUACAGCGGCUCCCAAAUGGGGAGCACCCUGUCCCUGGCCGACAGACCCAAGGGGAUGAUUCGGUCAGGAUCCUUCCGAGACCCCACGGACGACGUUCACGGCUCAGUGCUGUCCCUGGCCUCCAGCGCCUCCUCCACUUACUCCUCAGCUGAGGAGAGGAUGCAGUCUGAGCAAAUCCGGAAGCUCCGUAGGGAACUGGAAUCAUCCCAGGAAAAAGUGGCCACCUUGACGUCCCAGCUUUCCGCCAACGCUAACCUCGUGGCAGCUUUUGAGCAGAGCCUGGUGAACAUGACGUCCCGCCUACGACACCUGGCAGAGACGGCCGAGGAGAAGGACACCGAGCUGCUGGACCUACGAGAAACCAUUGACUUUCUGAAGAAGAAGAACUCUGAGGCCCAGGCGGUCAUCCAGGGAGCCCUCAGUGCCUCGGAGGCCACACCCAGAGAACUCCGGAUCAAGAGGCAGAACUCCUCCGACAGCAUCUCCAGCCUCAACAGCAUCACCAGCCACUCCAGCAUCGGCAGCGGCAAGGAUGCUGACGCGAAGAAGAAGAAGAAGAAGAGCUGGCUCCGAAGCUCCUUCAACAAAGCCUUCAGCAUAAAGAAGGGACCCAAGUCGGCAUCCUCAUACUCGGACAUCGAGGAGAUCGCCACACCCGACUCCUCGGCCCCUUCAUCCCCUAAACUGCAGCACGCGUCCACUGAGACCGCCUCGCCCUCCAUCAAGUCCUCCGCCUCGUCCUCCGCGGGCACCGAGGCCCCCGAACCGGCUCCAUCCCACGGAACUUCCCUGCCUUUCUUGCCACAGCUGGAGGUAGACCUGCUGAAGGCUGAGAAUGACCGGCUAAAGGUCGCCCCCGGUCCCCCGGCGGGCUCCACUCCGGGGCAGGUCCCGGGGUCAUCUGUCCUGCUGUCCCCUCGCCGCUCCCUGGGCCUCGCGCUCACCCAUCCCUUUGGCCCGAGUCUCGCAGACACAGACCUGUCACCCAUGGAUGGCGUCAGCACUGGCGGUCCGCGGGAGGAUGUGAGUCUGCGUGUGGUGGUGAGGAUGCCGCCCCAGCACAUCAUCAAAGGGGACUUGAAGCAGCAGGAGUUCUUCCUGGGAUGCAGCAAGGUCAGCGGGAAGGUCGACUGGAAGAUGCUGGACGAAGCCGUCUUCCAGGUGUUCCAGGACUACAUCUCUAAGAUGGACCCGGCCUCCACGCUGGGCCUGAGCACCGAGUCCAUCCACGGCUACAGUGUCAGCCACGUGAAGCGGCUCCUGGACACGGAGCCCCCAGAGCUGCCCCCCUGCCGCCGAGGGGUCAACAACAUAGCCGUCUCCCUCAAAGGUCUGAAGGAGAAGUGCGUGGACAGCCUGGUGUUCGAGACGCUCAUCCCCAAGCCCAUGAUGCAGCACUACAUCGGCCUCCUGCUCAAGCACCGGCGCCUCGUCCUCUCCGGCCCCAGCGGGACUGGCAAGACCUACCUGACCAACCGCUUGGCCGAGUACCUGGUGGAGCGCUCAGGCCGCGAGGUCACCGAGGGCAUCGUCAGCACCUUCAACAUGCACCAGCAGUCCUGCAAGGACCUGCAGCUGUACCUCUCCAACCUGGCCAACCAGCUCGACCGGGACACGGGGGUCGGGGACGUGCCCCUGGUGAUCCUCCUGGAUGACCUGAGCGAGGCGGGCUCCAUCAGUGAGCUGGUCAACGGGGCCCUUACCUGCAAGUAUCACAAGUGCCCCUAUAUUAUAGGUACCACGAAUCAGCCUGUAAAAAUGACACCCAAUCACGGCUUGCACCUGAGCUUCAGGAUGCUGACCUUCUCCAACAACGUGGAGCCCGCCAACGGCUUCCUAGUGCGCUACCUGAGGAGGAAGCUGCUGGAGUCGGACAGCGACGCCAACGCCAACAGGGAGGAGCUGCUGCGGGUGCUGGACUGGGUGCCCAAGCUGUGGUACCACCUGCACACCUUCCUGGAGAAGCACAGCACCUCCGACUUCCUCAUCGGCCCCUGCUUCUUCCUGUCCUGCCCCAUCGGCAUCGAAGACUUCCGCACCUGGUUCAUCGACCUGUGGAACAACUCCAUCAUCCCCUACCUACAGGAGGGGGCCAAGGACGGCAUCAAGGUUCACGGGCAGAAAGCCGCCUGGGAGGACCCCGUGGAGUGGGUCCGGGACACGCUCCCCUGGCCGUCAGCCCAGCAAGACCAGUCAAAGCUGUACCACCUGCCCCCACCCACCAUAGGCCCUCACAGCACUGCAUCACCCCCCGAGGACAGGACGGUCAAGGACAGCACCCCAAGUUCCCUGGACUCAGACCCUCUGAUGGCCAUGCUGCUGAAGCUUCAAGAGGCUGCCAAUUACAUCGAGUCUCCGGACCGAGAAAGCAUCCUGGACCCCAACCUCCAGGCAACGCUCUGAGGGCCCAGCGGCCACCACGCGGACAGCGGCACGUGGCACCCGCCGCCCGCAGCCUCCUCUCCCCUCUCUUCCUCCAGACUCCAGAGCACUGGCUGCCCAGCCACGAGGACAGGACGGGGAGGGGGUGCGAGAGGGGCACUCCUGGUGCUGCACCUUCGGGGACUUCCUGGUGGGGCCGGUGGGCAGAGUCUGGGAACCGGCGUGCCCAGGCGCGUUCACUGGCCUCCUCACGACGGGGGGAGGAUGAUUCUGGGUCUUUCUCCCUGGUGUCUCGUCUCGAUUACAAACUCCUGGGCUUUCUGGGGAGGGCUUCAGACUCAGAGCAAACCGCAGCAGUGCUGAUUCUGACAGAAGCGCUGAGGGCACAGCCGCGCGGGGAGCCCACGGGAGGAGGAGCUCCAGGACUUCUUGUGGACCCUGCCCAACUCCGCCACCACUGCCAACAGCUCUUCCCCCAGAGAUCCGGCCGGAGCCCAGAAAAAGAAGCAUGUGGUUUCAAAAAGUUUAAAUCAAUCUAAAAAGGUUUAACAGAAAAAGGAAAAGAUGAAGCUGGAGAAGAAAUCCGGUUCUGAGGUCGAGAGAGGGCUGCCCGCCCUGCCCUCUGGAGGACACGGGGACGCCGAGAGCCGAGAGGACGCCAGCCUGGGGAGUCGCCAGCGACAGAGGUCCCGUGACAGCCUCGGAGCCGCACUGCCGCCCUGUCUCACACCCCCUGGCUUAACAUGCAUGACAUCAGUAAGCCCCGCUCUUUUGUUUUUUAUUUUGUUUCCAUUUUUUCCUCCCAUUUGCCUGUUUUUCUCCUUUUUUGGGUUUUUUCCCAUUGCCCCACACGUCCACGAGGUGCUUGCCCGGCUCUUCCACGGGCUGGUUUGGCUUUUCCAAGCCGUUCUUCAGAGUCGGGUGCCAUCUGGUUGGCACCAGCUAGAUACCCACCAUGCUGCCAUCUUUGGCAUCCUGGGGGCCCUCGUGGGACGUGAGGCACUGGCUCAGCGGCAGUGGGAGGAGAGUAACCCUGACCUCCCUUCGGAGAACGCAUGUGUUCCAGCUCAGAGCUUGGCGGCCAGCCUUCGGUGUGAGAGUGUACCACCCCCUCUUGCUAGACCAUCGGAUCCGAGCUGCACCAGAGACUGGAGGAGAACUGGAAACUAGAAGCCUCGCUCUGUCUCUGGCCUGUGUGGCCCUCACUGCCCUGUCUGCUGGCGGCCACUCUGCCUGACUGAAUCCACACCCCGCGCUGGACCUGCUGUUUUGGAGAGUGAAUGUUCGCUCGCGAGUGGCUGUCUGUGUGAGAUGCUCCCAAUCUCAAUAUAAGGCACAAUGAGUUUGGCUUGGUGGCAAAGACCUGCCUUCCAAAGGGGCCCGCCUCUUGCAGAAGCUGCCCUGGAGGCCUGGCAGUCUCAGUUCCUUCCUUCGACAAGCCCUUCCUGGGCCCCUGCUGCACACCAAUCACACGUUAAGAAGACAGACUUGCGCCCUUCCGCUCAGUCUGGCGGGAAACGUGACCCUCCGUUAAGCACGCGCCCCCCUGCGCCUGAACCUUCAGGGUCAUCCAAGAAAUGAGCCGAAGCCCAGGGGCUGUGAUGAGGCCCAGUGCGCUGGGACCAGUCCAGGUGGUGCCUGAAGGGCCGUGGAACCUCCCGUCCCCAGCGGCCAAGUCUACAUCUGGCUGCUUCUGAAAGUCCCCGUGCGGCCAGAGCUCGGCUGCGCCUCCGGCGAGGCUGACGCCUGGGGCUCCGCAGACCAGGGUGUGUGUGGGGCCUGCACCUGUGGCUGCUCCUCAGAUCCCCAAGUGGCACAAGACCCUGUCAGAACCUCUGGGCAUACGAACCGGGACCACUCUCCCGCCAAACCCAGGAGUAGAUGCCUCUGAAUCUUCACAUCAGAACAGUUUCAUUAGGUCCCAAAGGUGGUCCAGAUCGCUUCCCCAGAAGCUUCUGCAUUCACCUGGGAGCUCCCAGGGAGGACUGGGCCAGAGACCACGACUGCUGCUGCCACUCGCCCUGCAAGCUGUGAGGGGCCCAGCUCAGCUGUCACUGUGCAGCUCUGCGGGGAAGAGGCCGUUUGUCCAAGGAUGGUGCUGAAAUCACUGCCUUAAGGCCUCUGCUGUGCAGAACGAGGAGGCCGGAGCGGGGUGCUCCCAUCUGUAAGGAAGGGAGGUGGGCAGGCCUCUUCCCUGCCCCGCCCUCAGCUCCAGCCACGCAGCACAACUCCAGCUUCUACAGCCGUCUUCGUCCGGUGGUCCAGCCCUUAACUCUGCUCUCCGGUGCUGCCCAGCCAGUGCCUUCGGUCGCGGCUACUUGAGAAAAAGGAAAGGGUUGUGAACCCCUUCCUCCACUCCAACUGCCUCACACUCCCCCAGAGCGAUUCCUGCCUCCCUGGUAACCAUGGCGACCACCGUGGGUUUCACCUGGGUCCUCUGCAGGUUGGUUCUGAAGGUCAUCUCAAUUCCUGGGCCCAACCGCUCUGCUGUCAGUGAACCACUGCGUUUAGCCCGGGGUUCCCAUUGCUUCCCUCCCCGGGGUGUGUCCCCCUCCAGGGAGGUGGCACUGCAGCCCCAGCUUUCCCCUGGGGGCCUGGGAGCCUGUUUACAGCUGAGGCUGUGCCCUGGCCCGUGGCUGUGGGCAUCAGUCGUCUCCUGAGGAAUCGUGGCUGCACGGCAACUGCAGAAGGUCAGGCCCCCUCUUGGUGCUAUGACCCCUCGGGACGCUCGCUCAGGCUUCUCUGAGGCUGAGGUGUGAGCUCCCUCGCUGCCCCAGAAGCACCGGCAGGAGCGGAUCUACGGAGUUCGCUCCCCCUGCACACCUGCUUCUUGGGCGAGACCACUGGGAUCUCUCGGAAAAGGAAAACCGGGUCCCAGGGCUGAACUCUCAACCCCGGGCACCUUCAGAAGAGUCCGGCCUCUCUUAGACGGGGCGUGUGCCCCCCUCCUCUCAGCCCUCGGCUCCACCCCUCACUGAAGCUGGCUAGCAGAUGACCCGCUUCUCCCCCCGCCACCCGCUCCCUGGGAUGGCCGCGACUCCAGGAGGGCGCCCGGUGCCACCGCUCGUCUCUGGACACAGGAGACCAGCGUGUUUUGUCCAGUGUGUGUGUCCUCGGCCCCUGCCUGAGCACAGAAAAUAAAGCAGUAGGUCGUUGGCGGCUCAGAGAGGA